AUGGCUGGCAGGAGCGGUUGUGCGACCCCAGUGGUCCGCACGAUUCUACAGUAAUGUUUGCAGGCGAGGCUGCAGGUGAAGCCGCAGGACGAGCAACAACCGGCUCAAUGGGUUCAGGUCAAGUUCAGAGGCAUGGUGGUCUACGUUUGUUUUUUUAAAGGCGCAACAGAAGACAUCCUUCCCAAGAUGGUUUAGACGCCGCUCUACGUGCGCGUCUGCGAGUCGCCGUCAGGGAAGAUGGUUUCGCUGGCAGAGCUCCCGGGUAGCCUCCUGCUGGUCCCUCAGGCCCCGCUGGGCGGCAAAGCCAAAGGCAGGACAGUGCAGUACCACGACAACAUAGCCAAGGAGGACGGACUGCGGCUCUACUCCUGCUUGGAGGCUCUGUUUCGCCAGGAGGUGACGGCGCCUGGCCUGAGCGCUCAGCACGGGACGUACGGGAAUAGACAGAUUCUGCACAUCCAGGCCGAUGGACCUCACGCGCACCUGCUGGAAUUCUGAGAAAGGCUCUUCAUCCGUCUUGAGUUGGCUCCUCUUUGUGUCCCAAGAUUAUAAUCUGAAAGUAAAUCAGACGCUUGUCACGCUUUCUUUGACUGUAACCGUGCAUCACCCAACAGGCCCAGGAGAGCCCGUACCGGAUGACUGCGUCUGACGCUACCAUUGAUGAACGGAGGGCUGCAGUCCAUUCUUUUCUUUCAGAGGUCUUUACUUCAGUUUGUGCCACGUUUAAAUGUGGUUUGCUCAAUGUUCCUGACUCUGUGCUUUGCAGCAACUUGAUUUGUUGACCAAGUAUUGGCUAAGAGCAGGCGGGAUUGGGAGAGGGGGCUUGGGAGGAUUAGUCUUGAUUUUAGGUAGGAAGACAGAUAUGUCUGACAAAUGAUGGACAAUGGAUUUUCAGCGAGGCGUUGCUUUUAAAUUCAUUGAUUCUGACAUACCCUGGCGCAAAAAUAAAAAAUCUUAUGGGGACAUGACUCAUUUUUCCAGAAUUUAUCAAGUGUUAACAUUCUGUAUGAAUUUUGUCCUUCAGAAUAAUCACCUUGUGCAGACCAAAUAACAUUCAUGUGACAACACAAUGAAUAAAUCCCAGUCAAAAGCCUG